GUGUUUGACAAUACUAGUUAAUCAUGGUUCAAUUAAAAAUAUUUUUCGCGGCAUUUGCGCUCCCGCUCUCAGUUAAUUGUUUUAUUCUAGAUACUUUUAUAACACCCCCAGCAACAGUGGCGAAACUAGACUUAAACAAGUACUUAGGACGAUGGUACCAGAUGUUUGCCAGUCAGUCUGUGGUGACGCUUUGGGAGUCAGACGCUUAUUGUGUGACCGCUGAUUAUGAACUGUUGCCUAAUGGCAAGGUAUCUGUUCUCAACUCCGAGAGACUUCACAAUGCUUCAGGUCCAUUAAAAAUUAUCAACGGUAGUGCCACAGCCUCUAACGAGCCUGGUAAAUUCUCUGUUGUACUGAACAAUGUUCCAAUAGCCGCCCCAUAUUGGGUACUUAAACUAGGAGAAGAUAACUUCGGUGACAAUAACCAGUAUCAGUAUGCUGUUGUUAGUGACAACGUCGAGGCCACAUUAUUCGUGUUGGCACGUGACCCCGAUCUAUUCAACAGUGCUUACAGAGCGGAAGUUACUCAGUUUUUAGACACUCACGGUUUUAAGCAUUUUUAUAAUAAAUACAUAGACACAUACCAUGGGAAAGAUUGUGUAUACAACACAAAUCACCACUGA